UGAAUAAAAUGAAGACAGCACUCAUUUUGGUCUUUUUGUUCGGCCUGAGCACUGCAUUUUAUAUUAAUCGUUACCAAAGAAAGUGGAAAGGAAGUGACUCUGAUGAGAAAGUGUUACCUAGAAAUAGAUAUGGCUACUACUUCUACAGAAACCUAUUCUUGCAGGGACCAAAUAGACAUUACAUAAAUAUUGCCAAGGGUGGUGAUUCCUCAGAAGAAAACGAAGAUAGCUCAGAUGAGGUUGAGUCACCAGAAGUAAUUAAAAAUGGAAAUAAGGCUCCAACUACAGGAGGGUCUGAAACAGGAGGCACAGAAACAGGAGGCUCUGAAGGAAAAGGGGCAGCUGAAGAGGCUGACUCUGAAGAAGCAGAAGGUGAAAAUGAAAGCGAAAAUGAAAGCGAAAAUGAAAGCGAAAAUGGAGGAACAUCUGCUCCAGAGGUGGAAGACACCACAGCAAACCAAAAUGAGACUGAGACCGAGGAUGGUGAACAAUUCAACACUACAGAGAUCAGCCUUGAAACUGAGCCUACGCAGGCUGGCACUAUUGAGCCUGCCACUAGACAAGUCGAGGCCCAAGUUCUUGAUGCUACUGUGAUCCCAGCAAGCACUGUUGAAGAAACCUUAGGUAAUGAGGAAGGUAGUAACGGAGGCAUUGUGAGCACUGUUGUGUAUGAAACAGCAAAUGACGGAUACCAGUAUGAGAAUGGAUAUGAUCAUGAAAAUGAAAUUGACUACAGAACCAGAGGUGACACUUAUGCACGCUAUGAAGACGAAUAUCACUACAGGAACCAUAUCUAUGAUGGGUAUGCUCGAGAGUAUGAUUAUUACCACCAAUAUGAUCAGGUUAAAGGCAUGUAAAAAAAGGAUAAAAUCUAUGAUUUCUUAUGUCCACUUAUGUUAUUGAAACACUUGUCCUUCUGUUAAAUUUAUUCCAAUGUGAAAUUGUGGUUCUGUAGAAUAAUUUCAUAUGGAUUAGUCAUUACAAAAUGUAAGGUUGCUUGAGCACUACCUCCAUCCUGAAAAAAGUUUUAUGGGCACUGACCUCUCAGUAUGUGAUUUGACAUGUGCAUUACAGAAACACUCAGUAAGAUGUAUCAAUGAAGGUGCUAUUUCUAUUGCUAUAGAUGAGCCCUAUAAUCAUUUACCGGUAUGCUUGAUAAUGUAAAGAAGUCUGCAUGGAUUCUGAACUGACAACUUUUCUUGUAAAUGGUACAAAAACAACACC